AUGGCGGGGCCCGGCCCGGAUCGCCGGGGGCCCGGAUCACCGGGGGCGGCUGGGGGCGUCGAGGCGGCCGGGCCGCAUCCCCCGGUCCCGGCCCGCCCCCCACCCCCCGGUACCUGCCGGCGGUGGGAACGCCUCAGCCCCACCCGGCCGCCGCCGCCAUCUUGGAAUGGAGGGGAGAGCGCGGGGCGGGGCGUGGUGACGUGGCAGGUGUUAAAGGGGCCGUUCGGGAGCCGGUCACGCUCCCCCCGCGGCGGCUCCUGGGGGCGGGAUCAGGGCGGGGACAGGGCCCCGCUCGGGCAGGAUCAGGGCGGGGCGGUUCCACCCAGGCCCCUGGGGCAGGCUGGGCCCGGUGUCCCGGCUGGGGGUGGCAAACGGGGACGCGGGUCCCGGGGAGGGGAGCGGGCGGGGGCCCCUCGGGGUGCCGGAGGGACGGGAACGGGGGGGUGCCCGGGCGGGCGGCGGGACCCGGGGGAGCCCGAGCCGGCCGGGGGGGCGGAGCUCCGCGGGGGCCGCCCAAAGGAGGCGUGUCCAGAGCAAGCCCCGCCCCGUCCCGUCGCCGCGGCAACCGCGCACGCCACCGCCCUUCCAUCUGCCUGCUGGCCCCGCCCGCACUGCCUGCGUCACGGCGAGGCUGCGCUCCGAUUGGGCGCGGCGCUCGGGCCGGAAGUGGUGCGGCGGCGGGCGGGGUCCGUGUGCCCGCUGCUCACGUGCCUGGGCGUGCGCUGCCCGUCCUGCGCCGCACGUGCCACCGGGGGGGUCCCCGGGUUCCGUCCCCGCGCGCUGCCCCGACCCCACGCGUGCCCCCCGCCGCCCCUUCCACCUCAUCCUGCUGCUGCUGGCCUGCCGCGCGCGCCGUCCUCGCCGACCCCGCGGGGCCCCGCGGAAGCCCGAGCGGGUGAGGCCGGGGAGCUGCGAGAUGGGGGUGAGGGGCUGCGCUGCUGCCCCGCUCUGCCGGCGGCCGGACCCCGCUGAACGCGGAGCCAGGAGGGCUGGACGGUGCGUGACCGCU